GCAAGACCGCAGUCGUCGUGCAUCUCUCUGCAGGUGCGGUGUUUUUCAAAAUCUACAGCAUCGCCAAGUCAUGAUGGAAGGUAUGGAAGCGGAUGGCAACAACAAAUCGGUGCUGGCCGGAUGCGAAUACGAACUUUGCCAGCCCUUUGGCAUUGCUCAAGUGUGGCAGCGCUUGCUAACGACGACCGAGUUGUCCACUGACACUAUCCAAGAUCGUCCAGCGCUCAUACUUUCAGUCUGUCGGAACCAACUGCCCAUCACAUUCGGCCAGCUGGAACAAAGAGCUACGGCGUUGGCUCAAAAAUUGUGGACCAUCAGCCCAGUUGACAGGAGAACUUGUCAAGACGAUUGGAUUAUCGCCGUCUGUUUACCACCAAGCACCGAGUUGAUUGUUUCACUUCUGGCCAUCUUCAAGCUCGGUGCCGCUUACCUUCCAUUUGAUCCUGCUUUUCCAUCAAACAGAGUGGCACACAUCCUCGACGACGCUAAGCCCGCGUUGCUCAUCUCUUCCACUGCUGUACUAAACGAGGUUCAUUUUAGUAAUCUCUUUCAAGAUUUGUCCGUUUAUCGUUACGAUCGCGAUGAACACAACGAACAGCAAUGUCAACAACUUGAUUUACCAGCAAGACGCCAGGAUUUGGCCGUGGUGUUGUACACAUCCGGUAGCACUGGAACGCCGAAAGGAGUCCGACUGACCCAUCGAAAUAUAUAUUAUCGCUUGAAUUGGCAGUGGCGUAACUUUCCUUUCCUAUCGAGAGAAGUUUGCUGUUUUAAAACAGCCCUAACUUUCGUCGAUUCGAUCGCUGAGAUAUGGGCGCCGUUGCUCAAAGGUGUGCCAGUCGUCAUUGUUCCAAAGAUUAUCACUCAGAAUCCUGAGGUCUUUGUCACAACCCUUGAAUCCCAUUGUGUAACACGGCUCGUGUUAGUUCCUUCACUUCUGUCCGCUAUUCUUGAUUACCUUGGGAGGGACAAUAAAUCAGCAAAACCUCCCCUGCAACAGCUGCGGCUUUGGGUCUGUUCGGGGGAAGUGUUGCCACCCCAGCUACUUCGCCAAUUCUUUCAACUAUUGAACGGCCCAGUUUGCAACUUCUACGGCAGUACAGAGGUGAUGGGGGACGUGACCAGCGUCACGUUUCGCAACGAAGAAGAUGUGGACAGUUUAACGGUCGACAAUCGGAUCCCACUAGGAUCAGCAUUGGAUAAUUGUGCUAUUUACAUCCUCAAUCCAUUUGGAGAACCAGUGGAAAGCGGCCAGAUUGGCGAAGUAUUUGUUUCGGGUGCGCACGUAGCUGAUGGCUACAUCAAUGGAACCAAGACGGUCAACACAACAUCGUUUAUCGCCAACUCCACCGAAGAGAGGAAAGGAUAUGAAAUAAUGUACCGGACGGGUGACUAUGGUCGGAUUGUCAACGGUCAACUUUAUUACGAGGGUCGGGCAGACUCGCAAAUAAAGGUCCGCGGACAUCGAGUAGAUCUCACGGAGAUCAAUGCUGCCGUCCUUCAGUUGGAACAAGUGAUCAAGGGUGUUGUCCUGUGCUACAAACCUGGACAGCCAGAACAGGAAAUCAUCGCGUUUGUUGUGACAAACACGAAUCCUUUGUCGAUUCAUCAAUGUUUAAAGAAAAAACUGGUCUCCUACGCCAUGCCGAGGGUUGUCGUCGUUGGUGAAAUCCCUCUACUAGUCAACGGCAAGAUCGAUCGACAACUCUUACUCAGAGACUACGCCAAGAAUUUCAAAAGUAAGCCUAUCAUUUGCAGGUGGAAUGAGAAUGAGCUGAACCGGUUGGAUGAAAGAGAACGAAACGUAGCCAGUGCCCUUUUAAAAACAGUUUUGUCUGUACUGGGCGGAUCGCUUCACAAACCAUUGGCCUUAACGGACAACUACUUCUACGUCGGUGGAAAUUCUCUUAACGCUGUUACAGUCGUUACGAAACUCAGAGAUCAAGGAUUCUAUCUAGACCUCGUUGAUUUCCUCGAGGCCGAUAAUCUCCACCAGGUUGUCAUAAAGAUGGAAGCUUCAUCCAAAUGCCGGGAAUUUUCGCCAACUUGCGGGAAGCAGCCACAGCAGCAGCCUGUCAACGACUACAAGAUUGAAAUGUUAAAUCCAUUCGUCAAAGAGGAAGUCAAACGCAUCACGUGUGAAUGUUUUUCACAAAAGGGGGAUCUGGAAUUACUAACCGGCGUCAAAUACGAAGACUACGAGCCUCUCCUUGACGACGUCUGGGACCAUUUUUUGGAUGCAAACCUAAGUUUUACAGUUAAAAACCUCCAAGGACAGACAGUUGCUUGUGGAAUGAAUUGUGACGCGUACGACGUACCCAAGCUCAAUCCUAGGGCAAAGGCGUUGGACUAUGUUUUCGAAGUGCUUGAGCACGCCAAAGGUCCCGCUAGGGAGGCUCUGGUGAAUGGAAAAAAGGGCCACGUUCUACAAAAUUUUCUGGUCGUCACUGACAGCGCCCUGCUCACUCCGGCCGAGAAUGUGGCGCUGGUUCAAUGCGUCGAAAGAGAAACCUUGGCGCUCGCCAAGUCCAACGGUUUCCAAUGCAUCUUUACCUCCAAUUCGAGUCCCCUAACGCAACAAAUUUGUAACGACGUUUUGGACUAUGAAAUCCUUGGGGAGUACCAAGUGAACCAAUUUGUAGCGUCGGACGAGACGAAGCCCUUCUCCCACGCACCGGAUUCUCAAUUAAUCACAAUUGGGGUCAAAUAUCUUUGACAUGAUUAGUUGAUUUAUAGCAACAAAUGGAACUCUGAAAAGAAGAGACCAACUAUAUACGUACAACCACAUAUCUGGAACACCAUCGUACCUGCCAACGCAAUCGCGGAAAUCCAUCUACAAAGUCGAAAAAGUCUUAAUUGUUUUCAAAUAACAUCUGACAUUUAUUGGGACAGAAUAAUGCAAAAGACGAGAUAAUGCAUCAUUUGAUGUCUGAUCGCAAUCAAUCGCGUCAAACUGGCGCAAUUAACAUAUUCUAUUUGAUUACUAUGUACUUAAUUUCAUUUAGAAUGCUACAAAGAAUUAUAAUAUACCACAGUAUUACCAA